GAGCGAGCGCAUCCCGACGCCUCUUCUCAACAAGAGAGUCCCAUAUGGCGAAAGACGACAGCGAGCUGGGUAUUCCCCUCCCUCCCCCUGGUACCCACCCCCUAGAAAAACCUCCAACGCGGGCCUUCUCAUCCUCCUCCUCGAGCGAGAAAGCGCCCCAAGAAGCCCAGAUAGUCGACAAGUUCGCAUGGGUCGAACGGGUGCCUCUCCUCCGUACGCUGUUUAUCCGCGGAGGGGUAGAGGUGAGGGGGAUCGAGCGCGUCCCGGAGGAGGAGAGGGAACCUAGGCAUGCGUGGAAUAACCUGCUUAUGUGGAUAAGCAUUAACGCUGUACUCACCACAGUCCCGAUCGGCAUGCUCGCCCAGGCGUUCUUUACCCUCACUCUCCCACACGCGAUCGCAGUCAUCAUCGUCUUCUCCGCGAUUGGCAGUGCGACAGUCGCGUUUAUCGCCACCCUCGGCCCCAAGACAGGGCUCAGGACGAUGGUGAUCACUCGGUACAGUGUGGGCUAUGUCGGGGGGAGCAUCUUCAGUAUCUUCAAUAUCCUUACCCAGCUCGGGUUCUCCGUUAUAGCCGUCAUCCUCGGCGGGCAGACGCUGUACAACAUCUCCGAAAAGCUGCCGCUCGUCGUCGGCGUAAUCAUCGUCGCCGUCGUCACGCUCAUCAUCUGUUUCAUCGGGUACGACGCACUGCACUACUACGAGCGGUACGCAUGGAUCCUCCUGCUUCUCAUAUUCUGUAUGAUGUACGGCUUGGGUGGCAAGGCGGGGUACGACGCUGCCGCCCAAGUGCCGUUGGAAGAUCGCGGUGUAGACUUGGCAGGCGACGUCCUCAGCUUCGGGGCGAUCAUCUUCUCCUCCGCGAGUGGUUGGGCGCCCGUAGCAGCAGACUUCAACUGCCGUCUUCCGGCCAACACGCCUUCUUACCGCGUUUUUUGGCUCACUUUCAUAGGGCUCAUGAUCCCCCUCAUCUUCGUCGAGACACUCGGCGCGGCACUGAUGACGAUCACCCUGGACGCCUAUACAAGCGCGUACGAGACGGGCGACGCGGGGGGUCUGAUCGCGCAGACGCUCGCGCCCUGGGGCGGGUUCGGGAAAUUCCUCCUCGUCCUCCUCGCCUUCUCCGUCAUAGCGAACAACAUCCCCAACACCUACUCCGCUGCGCUGUCUAUCCAAGCCCUGUGCCCGCCGUUCCAGCGCAUCCCCCGCGCAUUCUGGACAGUCGUAGUCUUCGUCAUAUACACCGUAGCGGGCGUAGCGGGGCGAGAGCACUUCUCGUCUAUCCUCUCCAACUUCCUUGCCGUCCUGGGCUACUGGACAGCGUUCUUCAUCGUCAUCGUCGCCGAAGAGCACUUCAUCUUUCGCCGCAAAGAUGGACUUUUGGGAGGGUACGACUUGACAGCGUAUGACAGCCCCUCGCGGCUGCCCGUAGGCCUGGCAGGGAUAUUCGCAGGUUGUUGCGGUGUGGCAGGUGCAGUGGUAGGCAUGGCAGAAACGUGGUACGUCGGCCCGAUCGCAGCGCAUAUCGGCCCGUUUGGCGGUGACUUGGGGUUUGAGCUAGCCGCCGUCUUUUCGGGUGUCGUCUACCCCCCACUGAGGUAUUUAGAGAUCAAAUAUUUUGGCCGUUGAUCGUGAGGCUAUAUUUAGUUCCAUUUCCAUUUCGGGACUUAGGGGUCCCAUGUUGCUUCC